CUCCGCAGUAAAAGCAUACAGGUUUGUUUCCUGUUGCGCGUUACAUGUAAGUCUUAGUGCCUGGUCAGACUCUAAGACUUGUUAGUGUUAAAUCGGAAGAAUCCAACCCAGUGAGAGUGCGUGCUUUCUUUAAACGGUAAAAGAGCUGGACACGGACAUAACUGAAGAGCUUUGCUGAACCUUUAGAAUGUCUGGAACAUGCCACGUAAUUCUCACAAAUGAAGGACGAAGAUAAAUGAAUAACUGUUAAUCAGCCUACUUGUAUUAGUAGGACAGGGCACCAAAGGUUAAGUAAAAAAAAAACCGGAGGUCCUGCUUCCACGGAGUCCUUGAGCACUCAAGGCGCGGCAGUGAAGCACGAACAUUUGCGUCGAUGAAUAAAUGAAGACCUUCGCCGUUGCAUCUGAGCACACGCGUUGUGGCUCAGCGCUCAGCCUCAAUAUGGAGCUGACCAUGGUUCUGGAUUAUCUGCCGAGUUAAAAACUCGCAUUUCGCCUUUCUAUGCAGGUAUAACCUAUAAUUUUACGCACGGAGAUACAAGAGGAUAUCUAACCACAAGAACUGUAACAUGACACGAUUGCGUUUGAAUCGUCGACUUUGCCUUUAAUAUCAGGGAAGCAUAAUCGACAUUCAAUGGAAACCUCUCAGUGACAGAGCUGGACAUGUACGCGACAUUAGAUAAAGCUACAGAAGAAAUGUACUCCUGAGAAAGACGCCCAGGGGCAACUUCACAAAUAUCUAUCAUGUAUUAUUUGAGACAUACAUAAAGUUAAUCGCUUCGCCUGAACUGUGUACAUUUGUUUGUGGGAACUAACAUAAGAACUAUUUCAACGCAGGCAUCUUGCAGAAAUAAAACGAAGCCAUUUCAGAACAAAUGGAUAUUUCAUCGCUUAUGGAUUCGUAGACAUCUGCAACAGGAAGAUACCAUCUUUAAGACAUGGCUCGGUUCCUGGUCUUUGUGAACUCCGUGGCACUGUUGCUUCUGGGCAGUGACAUGUUUUUGGUGGGAGCAAAUCGCCCCCCUGCACCUGUCAACGUAUCUGUCAUGCAUCUAAAGGCCGACUCGGCAACCAUCACCUGGGAGGUUCCAGAAGGUGACAUCAUAAUUGGCUUCUCAAUCACACAGCAGCAGCAGGACCGCCACACGCAGCGCUUCAUCCGGGAGGUGAACACCACCAGCCGGGCCUGCGUGCUCUGGGACCUGGACGAGGAGACGGACUACAUCGUCCAGGUGCAGACCAUCGGCCUGUAUGGCGAGAGCCAGGCCAGCCAGCGUGUGCACUUCCGCACGCUCAAAAAGUCAGACCGGUUCCCCUCCAACAGCUCCAACCAAGAUGACCCAACUGUGCAGGGCCUGGACAAGUCCAGACAUCUACAGACAGGGGAGUUGAUCAUCAUUGUGGUCGUGCUGCUCAUGUGGGCAGCUGUGAUCGCGCUGUUCUGCCGUCAGUACGACAUCAUCAAGGACACAGACAACAGCAGCAGCAAAGAGAAGGUGAAGCCGCUGUCGGAGCGGAGCACCCCGGAGCACCACAGUGGGGGCCUGCUGAGAAGCAAGUUUAAUCCGUCUGUGCCAUCUAUCAACAUCAUCGAGGUGUAACGGAAGCCAGGAGACGUCACCCCACCCCAGCCCACCCCGUUCCCUCUUUGCCAUACCAGCCUGAGCCUCUCUGCCUAGUGGAGUCAACAUCCUGGACAGAACAAACCAUUAGCUAAGCUAACGCUGCCUUGACAGCUAUAACACACACACACACACACACACACACACACACACACACACACACACACACACACACACACACACACAA